UACACGCAGAUCCCGGGCUUGUAUGGCCCGGAGGGCAUCCUGCCUGCAAGGAGGAUGCUGCGGCCACAGGGCAAGGGGCGCUGGCGACAGCUGUGGGAGACCCCAACGCUGCUAUGGGAAGCACCGAGGCUGGGACUGGACACAGCCCAGGGCCUGGAGCUGCUGAGCCUGCUGGGCACGGUGCUGGCCCUGGGUCCCCUUGUCUUUCGCUCGCUGCGCCACCCCCUCACUUAUCUGCUGCUCUGGGCUGCCUACCUGUCAGUCUGCCAGGUGGGCCAGGUGUUCCUCUACUUCCAGUGGGAUUCCCUGCUGCUGGAGACAGGCUUCCUGGCUGUGCUGGUAGCCCCUUGGAGGCAGCCCUCCAGCCGAAAGCAGGCUCCCCAGGGCGGACUGGUGGGAGCCUCUGCCUACAAGAGCCUCCCCUUUUGGCUCGUGCGCUGGCUGCUCUUUCGCCUCAUGUUUGCCUCGGGUGUGGUCAAGCUGACCAGCCGCUGCCCCGCAUGGUGGGGACUCACUGCCCUCACCUACCACUACGAGACGCAGUGUCUGCCCACACCCGCUGCCUGGCUUGCACACCACCUGCCCGUCUGGCUGCAUAAGCUCAGUGUGGUGGCCACCUUCCUCAUCGAGAUUGCGGUGCCCCCUCUGUUCUUCGCCCCCGUUCGCCGCCUGCGCUUGACCGCCUUCUACACUCAGGUGCUACUACAAGUCCUGAUCAUCAUCACCGGCAACUACAACUUCUUCAACUUGCUAACCCUGGUGCUCACCACCAGCCUCCUGGACGACCAGCAUCUGGCUGCUGAGCCUGGCCUCUGCCACCCCAGGAAGAUACCUACCUCCUGGCCCAGGGCCCUGCUGACCAAGCUCUCCCUGCUACUGGAACUGGCCGUCUAUGGGACACUGGCCUAUGGCGCUGCGUACUGCUUUGGCCUGGAAGUUGACUGGCAGCAGCGUGUGGUCCACUCCAGAACCACCUUCACCUUCCACCAGUUCUCCCAGUGGCUAAAGAUGGUGACUCUGCCCACUGUGUGGCUGGGCGCAGCCUCCCUGACCUGGGAGCUGCUGGCUGCCCUCUGGAGGUGGGUGCAGGUUCAGGGGUGGCUGCGAAAGUUCUGUGCCGCAAUCCAGCUCUCUAUCUUGGGCACUAUCACAGUGGCCCUGUUUCUGAUCAGCCUGGUGCCCUACUCCUACAUGGAGCCUGGGACCCAUGGGCUUCUCUGGACUGGGGCUCACCACCUCUUUGACACCGUGGAGCACCUGCAGCUGGCCAACUCAUAUGGCCUCUUCCGCCGAAUGACUGGUCUGGGUGGGCGGCCUGAGGUGGUGCUGGAAGGCAGCUAUGAUGGACACCGCUGGACAGAGAUCGAGUUCAUGUACAAGCCUGGAAAUGUGAGCCGCCCACCCCCCUUCGUGGUGCCCCACCAGCCACGCCUGGACUGGCAAAUGUGGUUUGCAGCCCUGGGCCCACACACACAUAGUCCCUGGUUCACCAGCCUGGUGCUCCGCCUGCUGCAGGGCAAGGAGCCAGUGGUCCGCCUGAUCCAGAAUGAUGCUGCCCAGUACCCCUUUCACAAGCAGCCACCCACCUAUGUCCGAGCCCAGCGCUACAAAUACUGGUUCUCUGAGCCUGGGGAGCAGGGCCGGUGGUGGCGCCGCCAGUGGGUAGAGGAAUUCUUCCCGCCUGAAUCCUCCCCGCCUGUGGCCCUGGGGGACCCGACUCUGGAGUCACUGCUGCUGCAGUUUGGGCUGCAGGACAAGAAACCACCCCGACCCCGCAGCUCUAGCCACGCUCUGGCCCAGGCCCUUCACUGUGUGCGAACCCAGCUGUCUUCCCUGGAGCCUCCCAACCUGCUCUGGGGGCUCCUGGGAGCUGUAAGUGCUGUGAGAGUCGUGCAGGCCCUGCUGGCCUCCUGGUCACCCCAGUCCUCCCUCCCGGCCAGAGAAGAGAAGCACAAACUGAUCCCCAAAAAGGAGUCAGGAGCUACAUCCACACAAGCCACGCCCACCCCCAACAGCUGCAUCCGUGGCUCUGGGACCCCCCUUUCACGAGCAGUCAUCCACCCCUGGCGGAGAAAGUAGCCGCAUUGUCCCUUAUUCCUAGAGGAUUGGGUCCUUAGAGAGCUCUGACUGCAGCAGGACAGUCCUACCACUGUGCCUUAGCCAGUCCUGCCAGGACUGCCAGAAACUGGGGUACUGCUUGUUGAAGGUGCUGGAUGCUGCCCGAGACCCACUGGUGCCCUUGCAGCCACUGCCCCCACUGCCUCACUAUUGGCCCAGGAGGUGGCCUGAGGCCCAGCUCAGUAUCUUUGCUGGGACAUCAUGGAAAGUCAGUCCCCUGCCCCAG